AUGUCUCUCCAGGUACCCCAGGGACAGCCAUAUGGGUCCCCACAGGGUAUGCCUUUCAACCAGAGCCAGCCAUAUCCCCCCAUGCAACCUCCCUACAUGAUGGCCACCCCAUAUACACAAGGAUAUGGAAUGCCUUUUGCACAGGGACCAGGCUUUGUACCUCCAUAUUCUCUGCCAAACACGUACUCUGUGGAGAUCUCCCACUUGAGAGACCCUGGGUCUGCCAGAGAUGGCACAGACCUUCAGGAGCUGCCCUUCACUCCAGUUCAUGCCCCAAUACUGGCUACAACACCCAAUACUAGAAGUGGCCAGGGUCUGUCCAGGGCAGCCUAUGCCAGGCUCUACACGGCGGGAUUUCCACCAAUCCUGGACAGGUUUGGUGAAGCACCAGAGGUCGUUGACCCUGCAGACCACGUGACCUUUGACCCUGCCAAGGAAGAGACGGACCCCCUGGUGUGCAAUGAGAUCUACCUGCAGUUCCUGGCGUUUGCUAAAUACUAUGAGCAGGAGCAGAAUACCAAGUCCAACGGCACGGUCUUCUUCACAUUCCAGUUUUACCGCUUUCCUCAGGUCACUUCAGAAAGGUUACUCCUUGGAGCCCAAGAAGGUGACCUAUCUCAACAGAAAGAUAGGGCCCCUUACAUCCUCCAAAAACUAGAGGCAGACGGCACAGUGAAGAAGGGACCCCCUGGUUACCAGGUCAAGUAUUUUGUGGACCCCUCGUUUCUGAAGCCAGGAGAAGCCAAGCUGUUCCUGAAGCACCUGUCGCAGCAGGUUCUCCACGUUGAUGUCUGGGAUGGAGAGUCUCUACUGCUGAUUGGGUCUUGUGCUGUAGAUCUCAGUCACCUGUGUCGUCAGGGUCGUGACGCCCUCCAGGUGACCUAUGAGCUGGACGUGAUGAUCACAGAGUACUCAGAGGACCAGGGGGACACUGGGGGGGAGGGGGCCCAGGGGACAAGUGUGAGGCCAGUAGGGGUAAAUACCUCUCUGAAAGGGAGGCUACAUCUGAGGCUUGCCAAUGUAGGCCAUCCUGCUGACAAGAAGACAAAACUGGCAGAGACAGAGCCUGCUUUGCCCCUGAAGAAGUCACGGUUAGUGGUGGCGUCAGAGGGCGCUAACAGCAGCGGGUUCCUGGGAGGAAGUCUGAAUGCUGGACUGGCACAGUCACAUAACUCAGGUCUAAGAAAGUCAAAAGUCGCGAGAGCACAGCACGUGACUGAGACACAUCGCGAGUUGGCGUCUGUGUUAGUCACGCGUCGUGACCCCAUGACCUCUGGGGUAGACGACACGGAGAAUAUGGAUCCUGUCAAGAGGCGGAAGUUAGCCAGGAUGAUGGCCAUUAGGCAGUUACAGCAACAGCAACAGCAGCCGUCAUCUGAGAGGAGUUUGCCAUUGUCGUCUUACAAACAGUUAAAACAGGAGAGAACCAGAGACCUGAAGACCAUAGACCUGUACCGCCAGCAGACCAAACAGGAGGGAAUUCUCACCAUGUUGAACAGUGCCAUCACAGCCCAGCACAACAUCUACCCCUCUCUGGGGACCUCUGAGUUCUUUGAGUUUGUUCUGAGAAACCCAUACAAUGUCCAGCACACUAUUACCAUAGAGUGGACGGACCCUGAGUUGUAUGUGGUGACAGAUGCCAGGGAGUGGCGGUACUUUAAGCAGCUGAAUGAGGUGCACACCCCACUGGAAGAGGCCAUGUUUAACCUCCAGAGCUCCUCCCAAUACCCCCAAGUGUUUCUGAGACCCAAGGAGACCCUGAAUAUCCCCUUCAAGUACCUCUCCUAUAGGGCAGACCACUCUGUGCAACCACAGGGCCCCAUUAAUCCAUUCCAUGCCCAGUUCCAGCAGUCCAGCAGACAAGAGGAUGCUCUGGCCACCAAGGUGGUCAAGGUGUACUUCAAAACUGAGGACAACCGCCCCAUCUCCAUCCUGGCCCUCAAUGUGGACCCCAUCCCACACGUUGUGGACCAGACCUUCAGGUUUCACCACCCAGAGCAGUCCUUCCUGAAGAAAUCCAUCAGACUACCUCCCUUCCAGAUGUUACCAGGUGCUCCAAUAGGUGGUGCUGGGUUACAGCAGCUGUUUGUACGCUGUAGUGAUAACAAUGUGAUAUGUGAGACAAGACCUGUCCAGACUGGAGAACCACAGGAUGUCUUCAUCAAGGUGGCUUGUGGUGCGUCUCCCCAAGUAAAGAAGUUUUUCCUGGCCAUCUACAGUGAUCCUUUCCUGUCUAAACCUCUGCAGAUCUGGCAGUUCUUUGUCCACUCUCUGCAGAGGGUGGACGCUACAUGUGUUGAAGGACAAACCAGUAGAUUUUCUCUCAUUCUCAGGGGUACACAGGCGUCCCGUCUGGUGAAGUGUUUCUCCUCUCAUCCAUAUGAGAUGUCCCUGGAACCCAAAGACCCCUUCAUGCUGGCUGCAAACGCCGUUCACGAACUCCACGUUGGAGUACGUGCCGUAAACGUUGGCUCUAAAUUCAUGUACAUUAACGUCGUAGACAUUGAAUUCCAUCAGUUAGUCAGGACUUGGCUGGUCAACUUAUCAUGCAGGUCACCGGUUGUAUCAAAGGCUUUCGAGUUAAAACUGCCAGUAGGUGGCGGUAAAGGCUGCAACAAGAGAAUCUCAUACACAAAUCCUUACCCACACAAGAAGGUGUUUCAUCUGAGGACCAAUCGUAGUGACCUGCUCCAGUUUAAGGACACUAGGUUGGAGAUUGGAGGAGGAGAGCCGCAUACAAUCGGCCUCAGGUUCGCUCCAGCUCAGACCCCAGGAAUGACGGAGAUUCUGAUUUUUAUUAACGACGAUGACGAUAAAAAUGAAGAGACUUUCUGUGUGAAAGCAGUUUACAUGAUGCAGUGAGGGGGAUGCAGGGUCUGAAUGUUUAUUUAUUUAUUUGUUUGUUUAUUUAUUUAUUUGUUCCUCUUUAUUGCAAGAGAAGUUCUUGUGCCUUAGUAAAAGAUCUCGAGUUGGAUGUUGAUCGUUACUUAGCAUCCAUUGAUAUUGUUUCUAUGCAUUCAGUGUAUUCAGGUCACAUGGACAUUUUACAGAGAAGGAUACACAGAUACUGGAGUGUUCAAAAGA